CUCUGUCUCCAGAGCAACGGUUGGCAAGCACCAAAUGCGGAAGUGACGUACGGUCUGCCGGAAACUGGUAUCGUCGGUGGAGCCGCUUGUUGCCGAGCAACCGACGCUUGGCUGCUGGAUCCCAGUUCCAGGAAUGGUGAAGGACCGCUGGGAUGGGGAACCUAUAAAGGGGGAACGCCGUUGAUAAAGAAACUAAACACUGCAUUAGGCUGGAGAGAGGAGGACGAUGGCUUUGGAGACAGUGCGAGUUGUGGUACGCUGCAGACCCAGCAACAGCCGAGAAAAGGACCUGAACUGUAAGGUGGUAGUGUCUAUGGACUCUGCCCGCGGCCAGUGCUUCAUCCAGAAACCCGGGAUCCUCGGAGAGCCACCCAAACAGUUCACUUUCGACGGUGUCUAUUACAUGGAGAGUACCACGGAGCAACUGUACAACGAGAUCGCCUAUCCACUGGUGGAGGGUGUUACUGAAGGCUACAAUGGAACAAUAUUUGCCUAUGGACAGACAGGAAGCGGGAAGUCAUUCACCAUGCAAGGCAUUUCUCAUCCAACAUCACAACGAGGAGUUAUUCCCAGGGCUUUUGAACAUAUAUUUGAGAGUAUCCAGUGUACAGAAAAUACAAAGUUCCUGGUGAGGGCUUCAUAUUUGGAAAUCUACAAUGAAGAGAUCCGAGACCUUCUGGGCAAAGAUACUAAACAGAAGCUGGAGCUUAAGGAGCAUCCAGAGAAAGGCAUUUAUGUGAAGGACCUAUCCAUGCACACUGUGCACAGUGUCUCAGAGUGUGAGAAAAUCAUGGAUGUUGGCUGGGGCAAUCGAGCUGUGGGAUACACCCUCAUGAACAAAGAUUCAUCACGUUCACAUUCUAUAUUCACCAUUCACUUGGAGAUGUGUUCAAUAGAUGAUAAUGGGAAAGACCAUAUCCGUGUGGGAAAAUUAAACCUGGUAGAUUUGGCAGGUAGUGAAAGACAGGCAAAAACUGGAGCAACUGGAGAUCGAUUGAAAGAAGCCACGAAAAUCAACCUGUCACUGUCAGCACUUGGGAAUGUAAUUUCUGCACUUGUGGACGGAAGAUCAAAACACAUUCCAUAUCGUGACUCAAAACUGACACGAAUGUUGCAAGAUUCCCUUGGAGGUAACACCAAAACUCUGAUGGUGGCAUGUCUGUCUCCUGCAGACAAUAAUUAUGAUGAAAGUCUUAGCACUUUACGAUAUGCCAACAGGGCAAAGAAUAUCAAAAACAAACCAAGAAUUAAUGAAGAUCCAAAGGAUGCCUUACUUCGAGAAUAUCAGGAAGAGAUUAAACAGCUAAAGGCACUCCUAGCUGGACAACUUGGAAAUGACAACUUAUCUAAUUUUCUAAAUAAAGUGCAAAGAGAUAGUGGUCAAUCAACCAUUCCAUCCCCUCAGAAUUCCAAUACUCAAGCUGAGAUAGAACUUGAAAAAGAAAAUAUGAGACAGGAAUAUGAGCAGAAAUUAUCAAAGAUCAAAGCAGAUUAUGAAGCAGAACAGAAGUCCAAUGUCAAACUGCAAGAAGAUAUUGAAAAACUAAGAAGUUCGUAUGAAAUCAAACUGGCACGCACUGAAGCUUCAGAUAAGGCCACAGAUGCACCUGAAUUUGAAGAAAGAGCCUCUGCCCAGGAGGUAACUCAGCCAUUUAAUGUUGAACUAGCGGAUGUAUGUGAAUUAGAACAGAAGCUAGAUAUUGCCACGUUAAUUGAGGUAGAACCUGAAAUAGCCACACAUGAAAGCAGCAAGAAAGCUACACCGAUUAAUGAAGAGCAAAGCUCUCCAUUAGAUAUGCAGCUCCGAAAGGAAGAAACCAUGGCUGAACGUCCUCCAUCUGGUUCAUCACCCACCACUUUAGAUCAGGAGGAAGUGCUUGCAAGACUGAAAAUGUUGGAGAAUGAGGUUGUAGGUGGAGAACAGGCCAAAAAUACAGAGCUGAAGGAGAAACGGAAACGACGGAAGAAGUAUGCAGAUGAACGAAAGAAUCAACUUGCAGAAGCACUGAAGCACACAGACCGAGAUGAUCCUGCUAUCUUGAUCAAUGUGUAUGAAUCUAUUCAGGAUGAAGUUCGAGCAAAAAGCAAAAACAUAGAAAAUCUGCAAAGAAAGCUCAAAGUUGCAGAGAUAGAAAUCUCCGAUCUCCAAUGUGAAUUUGAGUUUGAGCGUAUUGACUACCUGUCUACCAUAAGGAAGCAGGAGCGAGAAAACAUUUUGCUGCAGCAAGUCCUAGAAAGAAUCCAGCCACUAAUCCGGCGUGAGUGUAACUACAGCAACAUUGACAAAAUAAAAAGGGAAAGUGUUUGGGAUGAAGAAAGUGGUUGUUGGAAAUUACCGGAAGCAGUUCUUCAAAAAAUCACACUUCCUUCUGCUGGCUCUAGUCUAGCGCCAUCUAAGCAGGGGAUGAGAGUCACUACAACUGAAAUUGCUGAUUGCUCAAUGGAGGAAGACCGUUACAGGCAAAUGCUGAACCGCAGUGACAGUGAAAAUAUUGCCAACAACUACUUCAGGUCAAAGCGUGCUAGUCAGAUCCUGAAUACCGACCCUGCACGAAGUCUCUUGCACAACUCCACAUCUGUGCAUAAUGUAUCUCUUAACAAUGGAUCUUCUUCCCAUGCUGCCUCCAACUUGAGCACAGUUUCUCCAACCCAGCCUCCAGAAAUGCCCACACCAAGGCCAUUUCGCUUGGAAUCAUUGGAACUCCGUGUGCCCUCAGCCAAAACCAAACGCAAGAAAAGCAAAAGCAGUUCUUUCAUGGACAUUGCCUGAUUUGGAACUGUUGCAAUAAAUUGUUUUUAAAGACAUUUGUUGUAUUUUUCCCUUACCCUCAUGCUCUUACUGCUCUGAACACUGACCUUGGCCAUGGGUGACCCAGCCCUAGGUCUCUGCCAAUGCUGCUGUGUCACCAGCUGCUGAGAGGUGUUUGGGAUAGUAAUAGAGCUACUGUCCCAAAGGCCUUCUUUGUAUCUUAGCACUUUGUUUCCAUUUGACACCUCCCCAUAAAGGCAUGUCUGCAAUUAAGAAGUCAUAAUGAUGCAGGAAACUGA